AGAUAAAAGAGUUUACAUAAUUCGGUUAGGACCCACGUACUGACAUACUGCAGAGUAGACAGACCUUCAGCUCAAUGUCUGAAUGCAAUAUUGGACGAUGGCUUAGCAGUCGUGUAGGCUUCUAGAAGUACUAUACAGUAUAGAGUGGUUGGCUCCGCUAGUGGCGCGCAGAUCCAGCGCAGUUUCGCACUACACGCGCCCAGCAUUUCGGCAUUUCAGUUCCCUCCCCCCUCCCAUUCCCCUCCAGUCCACCACACCAUGCAACCGCCGCCGGCCACCGGCGACGCGCUCGCCGAGUGCCUCCGCCUCCUGGCCGAGCUCCCCGCCGCGGCCGCCUCCUCCCCGGCCUUCCGCCGCCACUGGCCCUCGCUCUCCGCCUCCGUCUCCUCGCUCUCCGCCUCCCUCUCCCACCCCGCCUUCCCGCCCUCCGCGCCGCUGCUCUCCCCCCUCUUCUCCGCCCUCGGGGCCCUCCUCUCCGUCUGCGGCGGCCCUCCCCUCGGCCACCUCCACACCGUCUCGCUCCUCUCCUCCUCCGCCGCCUCGCUCUCCCAGCUCGCGGCCGACGCGCGCCUGCUCGUCUCCCCGUCCCCCGCCGGGGGCGAAGGCGGCGGGUCCGACAGCCUGCUCCCCCGCCUCCGGCUCGGGUCGGCCGUCUCCCGCGCCGCGGCGCUGGACUCGCUCGCCGAGUCCGUCGGGUCCCUCCCGGCGUCGCACUCCGCCGCCGCCGUCUCCGCGGUCGCCGCGAUGCUCGACAACGGCGACCUCCUCCCGGCCUCCCGCGACAAGGCCGUGUCCGUGCUCGCCGCCUUCGCGUCCUCCGACGCCGGCUGCCUGUUCCUGGCCCAGGAGUCGGGCACCGUCGUGCCCCACCUCUGCCGCGCGCUGGAGUCCGGCGGUGCCAGCGCAGAGCAGGCGUGCGUCGCGCUGGAGCCGCUCACCGCCUCGUCGCGGGACGCGGCGGCCGCCGUCUCGGCGCGCGGCGGCGUGGCCGCGCUCCUCGUGGCCUGCGCCGCCGGCACCCCGGCGUCGCAGGCCGCCGCCGCGGGCGUGCUCCGGAACAUCGCCGCGUUCCCGGACCUGCUCCCCGCGUUCCGCGACGAGGGCGCGCUCCCGCUGAUCGUGCAGCUCGUCUCACUCGGCACGCCGCGGACGCAGGAGCUCGCGCUUGGCUGCCUCCAGAACCUGACGGCCAGCGACGGCGACGAGGGGCAGAGGCUCAAGGUCGAGGCUUUCCAAGAAGGCGCGCUCGGCUGCGUCAAGGACUUCCUGGAGUCCUGCCGCGGCGACGCGCCGGGCCUCGCGCCGGCAUUCGGGCUCCUCCGCAACAUGGCCACCUUCCGCUACAUCGCGGAGAUAGCCGUGUCCGCCGGCUUCGUCAGCCACGUCCUGGCCGCGCUGGGCAGCGACAGGGCCAGCACCCGCACAGAGGCCGCCAUGGCGCUAGCAGAACUCUGCAGCGUGAGCAGCAGCAGCAAGGCGAGGAAGGAGGCCGGGGGCGCGAUGCCGAGGCUGAUCUGGAUGCUGGAGGCCAAGGCCGUGGCCGAGAGGGACGCCGCGGCGAGGGCGCUGGCGACGCUGGUGGUGGCGGCGAGCAGCCACCGGAAGGCGUUCAAGAAGGACGAGAUGGGCAUCGUGAACGCGGUCCAGCUGCUGGACCCGGCCGUCCGGGGCGCCGACAAGCGGUUCCCCGUUUCCCUUUUGCUGGCCGUGGCGCAGUCCCGGCGGUGCCGGAAGCAGAUGGUGGCCGCCGGCGCGUGCGGGUUCCUGCAGGGGCUCCUGGCCGCGGAGGUGGACGGCGCCAAGAAGCUCUCCGAGUGCCUCGGCCGGGGCAAGAUGCUCGGCGUGUUCCCCCGGACAUGACAUGACAUGCCGGCGAUCAUUGGCUGAGCCUUGUACCUAUGCGCUUCAACCCACGGUUCUCCUUCUCUGUAUGAAGGAAUCUCUGUAUAUGUUGUUGUGUUUCAUAAUUCAUAGCUUAGAUUGAGACGACGACGAGGAGUGCUUUAGUGAGUGUGGUUAAACCCAAUAAGAACACGGCCAAGAUUGUAACUAAUCUCUGAUGUGAGCUUCUGAAGAAAUGAAUCGAAUCAGUUGUUGUUUUGUGACCAA